CAAAAAAUUGAAAUGACAUUAAAACUCUGAAAAGGGUGCCUACCACAGUAAAAUCCAAGGAAAUUGUCUAAACAACUGUGGUAUGCCACAUAGAUCGGUCAUGGGUCCUCUUCGCGUUCUCUAUAUUUCUAUUGUGAUAUUUCAUGUUGCUCUAACUAAGCAAGCGAACAGUGAACAAGAUCAAUCGCAGACGAUGCCUGCCGCUAUCGACCUUCUCUUUCAAAAUUCAAACUCACCACACAAGGGAGGAACUCCUGUUACGGGCCAAUCAGGAUUUAGAAAAUGCCCUCCGUGCCCAUAUCGUAAAGGACCAAAAGCUCCAGUUUGUAAAGCAACAGUCGACCUAGGCUUCGUAUUGGAAUCCUCGAGCAAUAUUGACCGCGUGGAGCCUGGUAGCUUCCGUCGGUUAAUUCAGUUUGUUGGACUAAUUGCGCGCAAGUUUUUUAUCUCUGAAGACAAAGCUCGUUUUGGGGUUGUCACUUACUCGUCAAGGCCGAAACUUCUCUUUGGCAUGACAGGAAACAUAUCGACGAUCGCAAGAGGUCUUCGUAAUGCCAAAGUACACAGGGAACCCAUAGCUAAGACUGGAAUUGCCUUGAAGUUCGCUUAUCGUCAGUUACUUAGCACCAGUUCGCGGUUUAAUAAAGUCCUUGUUGUUAUAACGGAUGGAAGCUCAAGCGAUUCCGUGUCAAAUAUCGCAAAAGCCAUCAAAGGAAGAGGAAUUCAAAUCUUGUCUGUUGGUGUUGGACGAUAUUUUGACAUCCAUCAAUUGAACGCAAUGGCGUCUCGCCCGGUCCUGUACCACGUGUUUACAGGACAGUUUAGUAAAAUAAUCCACACAAGAAAUGAGCUUGUCAAGAAAAUAUGUCUUGGUGUUGGAGGAAGCUACAUUUCACCUAGUAAGCGACCUUGUCUUUGCAAGACAGGAUAAUGUGCUACUACCCCUCCCCCCCGGGGGGAUUAAGAUGCAAUGGAAAACGAUCUGCCUUGGUAGAUGAAAUGGUCUUUGAUCAAAUGAUUAUACUCAUUCGUUUCCUUAGAAUUAACAAAGUUAGUUUAAUUCUACCCGAUUCUUUUGUAUGACAGCCAUUUGGCAUGUAUAAUAUAGUACAACAAUUUCCAGAAUUCCAUAUAUACUUUAUUAUACUUCAUCCCUUUAAGGCCGGUUUAGACGGUACGAUUUWCGCCUACAACURUCGUAUACAACACGCUCGCGCCAUCCUACAACUCGAGUCGUAGCGCGUAAAUCAAGCCUACAAAUCGCCUACGACAAACGCGAGCGUGUUGUAUACGAUAGUUGUAGGCGAAACCCGUACCGUCUAAACCGGCCUUUACAGGGCUUUUCAGAAGCAUUGACAAAUACAAAUUACAUACAUAAUUGCAUAUAGCAUGCAAUCUACUUUGUUAUUUAUUGCUGAUAUUUUCAUUCAGAAGCUCUUAAUUCAUCAAAGAAAGUGUUUCUGGCAAAUAGAAUAAUAAUCAAGGCAAUAACACGAGGUAAAAAGCGCAAAAAAAUCGUUCCGAAACAAAAUCAUGUCUAUCUUUAUGUCUAAACCUUUCGACGCAUCAAAAAUCAAGAUUCUUUACGGAAACUAGUUUCGUCUUUAUCGACCUUUUCAAUCCUUAAAGAUAUCCAAUGAUGUAAAGAAUCUUGAUAUUGAAUGUGUAAAAGGUUAUUUUAAAGAUUUAUAACCUCAAGAACUAGAAUUAAAUAAGACUAUAUAAAUCUUUUGGAAUCCAAGUAAAGAAAAUAUCAGCAAAAUGUCUAUUUCUAUCCAAUUUUCAUUAUCCAAGUCUUGCUUCCAGCAAAUAUUUAGAAAUAAUUUCCAAGAGAAAAAUAUAAUAUCAAAUAAAAAUCUCUUUCAUGCUUUAUAUAACCUACCCGAAAGCACACAUAAGAAAACACCAAAAAAAUAAAUAAUGUAAAAUAUAACCAAAUAUUAAAUUCUAGUUUCAAAUAAAAAAAUUUAGAGGUCAAUAACGAGAACAGUCAUGGAGUGAGUACAACAAAGGAUUGAUUAUGAGACCAUGUAUAUAAAAGUAAGAUUCCCCUAGUGCUAGCGACCAAUAUUUUGUCUUCCUUCCUCAGCUGAGGGGAACUAAAAACAAGAGGUAGCCCUAGCAGUAGGGACAACCUCCCUAUGUUCAUGUGAAAAAACUCUUAGACCCCAUGUAAGGUAGGAUGGUUUGGUGCUAGGCAUAGUCUUUCCCUAGAAGAAACCAACAACGAAGUUAGCCUAUGUUAAGGCACGAUUACACGGAGCAAUUUUCACUGCAACUUGUCUCGAAAAGGCGUUGCGAAACAAGUUACAUGAAGCAUUGCAGCGGGUAACCUAGCGCAAUUUGAAAAUAAUCAAAUUGUAGGCUGUGAUAUUCAGGAACCAACCUAAAAAAAACUUGAUUUUACAUAAUUAUAUACAAAGUUUCAA